AGCAAUGAUCGGGCGCGCCUAUGAACCAUGAAGUUUUUACUGGUGCUGCUCGCGCUCGUGCCACUCCUGUGUGCCGAAGAUGGCCUCACAGAGGCUGUCAACGGCAGCACCACCACAACUAUCGCGAAGAUUGAGACGACGCAUGAGACGACCACGAUGGAGAGUACCACGGAGACGACGACUGAGAGCACUACGACAGAAUUGACCACUGAAUGGACGACAGAGUCCACAACCGAGACGACAGCCUUCGGGCACACUGAUGUGCCGGAGGUGACGACGCUGGACUUGGAGGAUUUCGUCGACGGUUUCGUAAAGGACUUGUCCAAACGAGUAGGACCAAUCGUGUCUGUCAUUCUUUCGGAUGAAAACAUCACCGAAGAAUGUUCCGGUGCCCUGCUCAAAGUGAUGCUAGGACUACGAAGCAAGGCCCCGUGGGCGCUGUUCAUGAUGGACUCGAAUGGCCGGCCUGCUCCUGGCACAUUGAAUGGAGCGACAGGAUCGUACGGAGACUACGAGGAAUGCCUGGCCGUUCACCAUCAGCCUUCGAAUGGCGACGCUGCCAUCUAUGGCCAGUACUGCUCGCUAUUCAUGACUCUCCCACUGGGAUUCGCUCGCAAGUCGGCGCAAAGGAUGCAAAAGGAUGGCUACUUCAUGGGGCGACGAGCACCAGACUUUUUCUCAUCAGACGAGCGAAGUUACUUCAAGGGUCAGAGGUUGGGCCUAUGCUUGCCAGAACUUUGCACGAUUGCGGACGUACGGCGCAUGAUUGGCCUUACACUUGACCCCUACGGGUUCAAGUACCACGUCUCCGGUUGCGAUUCUGUGCUGAACAAAGACAGGGACUGGAACGGCGUACGAAUUGGCAUGGUGUCUCUCAUAGGGGUGCUCUCCUUCUUGAUGCUCCUGGCCACUGGGCUCGACAUCUUCCUGAAGAAAGACAGCCGCGCUCGUGAUCCAGAUUCCGCAUGGAAAUACCUCAUGGCUUUUGCUGUUACAAUCAACACAAGAAAGCUUCUGAACAGCGAUUUUAAAGAUGGCUCGGACAACGAGAUCUUGGGAAGUUUCGCCGGCAUCAAGGUGUUCAGCACAACAUGGGUCAUUCUCGGACACACUUACUUCAUUGUGGACAUCAGCGCUCUCCGAAGCUACUUCAAGGUUAUCGACGCUACAGAAGAGCCCUUCUUCACAAUGAUCGGAAAUGCGUUCCCGAGUAUCGCAACAUUCUUCUUCAUCGGCGGAUUCCUGUUGUCCUUCAAUGUGCUCAAGAGAAUGAAGAACCUCAGAGGGCAUUACCUCGCCGUCCUGUGGAUUAUGCUCAUUCGCCGUUACAUUCGGCUGACGCUGCCCGUGAUGUUCAUGGUGGGCUUUGGAUUCGUGCUGAGCAUGGUCGCACGGGGACCGGCCUUUUACGAGUUCCUGGGACAUAACGAUGAGCGGUGCUACGACAGCUGGUGGAGGGUGCUGCUGCACAUCAACAACUGGCAAUCCUUCCUCAACAUGUGCAGUCCAUUCUACUGGUACAUCAGCGUUGACUGGCAACUCUACAUGGUGUUUUGUGCAGUGCCCCUCAUCAUGCUCAGGAGGAUGAAGCUUGGCGUGUUCCUGCUGGUGGGCAGUACGGUGGCCACGGCCGCUUACGUCAUCUUCCAGACGUAUACGCUUGAUUACCAACCACUGCCUCUGCUGCUUUCCGACGCGAACCAAGCGCGACCCUCGGAUACGGUUGACUACGUGUACAUCAAGCCGUUCACCCAUGUCGGGUCUUACUGCACCGGAAUUUUGUUCGGCUACCUCACCCUCAAGUACGAGCACGUUAAGAUUAGCAAGGUCGUCCAGUGGGCGCUGUGGUGUGUGUCGACUGCGGUGGCGCUGUGCGUGAUCAUGGUGCCCUACGAGUGGCAGAAGGGCAACUUCCCCAGCCAGCUGGAGGCUGGCCUGUACGCUGGUCUGCACCGCACCGCAUGGGCCGUAGCUGUCGGAUGGCUCAUUUUCGCUUGCGUCACGGGACGUGCAGGCGUUCUCAACAAGUUCCUAUCGUGGUCCUUCUUCGUGCCUCUCAGCAGGCUCUCGUUGGGCGCCUACCUGACCUCAGUGUUCAUCCUCGCCAUUCGAGUUACCUACAGGCGAGAGAUCGCCGAGUAUCACCACUUCCCUAUGGUGAUGCUGUUCUUCGGCACGACAAUGCUCAGCUACAUGGCUGCUUACGCACUCUUCCUAUUCGUUGAGUGCCCGCUCGGCCUCAUCGAGAAGUACAUUUUCAUGUCAAAGGCCAUGGUGGAGCGACAUUCGGAAAACAACGCUCAUACGAACGGUGCUUUCAAUGGCUCUGUGGAGAAGAUGACGCCCGCAGAAAAAGAGAAGCGAUUUGUGGUUGAACGCUUCUGAGGGUCGGAUUACGCUAGGACUUGAGAAUACUUAGAAUACCAGAUAAAAUGAGGCGGCAUGGAGAAUAGUACGGAUUUCAGCAAAGCUGUUUUGUUGCAUCGUGGAGCGAAAGCGUACGCCUUGAAUGCAUAUCUGUCAGCCGAUGUUACAAAUGUGAGGCGCGAAUCGAGGCCUGCCAGUUUUCGCUGGUUAUAGAACCUUCAUAACGGUUGCGAGGAAAGGUAAUUAUACACGGCGUUGGGACAAAAGGUAACUCGUUAUUGUUGAAGUUUAAAAGUACGCAGCUGAAAUUUGUUGUUUGAAUUCAUAGUUAAACGCUAUAUGUAUCUUUUAUGUGGCCGUUGCAUCGAGUUUAUUCUUCAGCUCUGAAAAUAACAUUAACGCAUGCCGUGUUUUGAACCCUCUCGUGACGCCCUACUCUAAAAUUACACUUCGCACUUACUUAAAAUUUGGGAAUCUUGAUGUGCUCUAAAUAUGGGAUAAAAACCCUGAAUUUGACCAUACCACAAAAACUGGCAAUGAGGCUUGGGGUCUUGUUUCAGUAGCAAUUUUGCUUCAAUAUUUGUCUCUUGAAGAAAAUGUUAAUGGAAUAGAAAAAAGGGGGCAAACGAAACUCUUCGGAAGUUUAUGCUUGGCGUUUGCAGGGAGACCUAGAUUCGCGGGAAUGUCCCCUAUUCCCAAUCAACAUUGUCACAAGAUUCAUGCUCAGAAUUUUUUUACAAGAAUGUACAUAAGGACUGGUUCACAGUGAACCAUGCGUUACAAUGCUUUUUUUUAAUGGGCUCAUGCAGAAGCAAAGAAGUUUUUUCAGUGCAUCGCACGUUUAGUGGCCGCUGAACACUAUGGGAGCGUUAGGCCUUCUUUCUUUACGGCUACAUUCAUGUGCUCAAUACGAGUUUCCUACAGCUUCGCUGAAGCACCUAAGGCGAGUCGCAAUGUCAUAGGCUUGCUACUCGAGUGAAGCUUCCAGGCUGUAAAUGGCUGCUCCCUGUACACCUCGGUCGCACGCUGAGGUGUAUUGGCGUGACAGGUGGAUUUAGUUGUGUGUGAGCCACAGGUUGUUCGAAGCAUUUUUCUCAACGCCCCUCACUAGCGACCAGGCAUUUAGUUAGAGAGAUGCCUUCUUUGUCUCCGUGAAGACAGCAAUACUUGUGAUUAUUCUAGUUGAAACUCAUCAAUAAUUCAAGCACCUCAUCGACAUCAUCAAUGACGACGUUACGCAUGCACCUUCAAUUUAAGUAUUUAGGAUCUAUUCACCAAAUAAAUACUUUAUCAUCCUCGUUUGUGCCAGA